GUUUCUUUGCCAACCCGGAAGCAGAGCUGUGCAGCGGAGGCGCCGCCUUGGAGCCGCCUUAGAGCCACCGCCCCCUCGCCGCUUUGCCGCUGCGUUGGGAAACCUGGACCGCAGCGGCGCGGGGUUGCCCUCAUGAUCCCGGGCGGGCGGCGGCGGCGGCGGCAUAGGCGGCGGGAGGAUGACCUCUUACAGGGAGCGGAGUGCCGACCUGGCUCGUUUCUACACUGUCACGGAGCCCCAGCGACACCCGAGGGGCUACACGGUAUAUAAGGUCACCGCCCGGGUUGUUUCACGAAGAAAUCCAGAGGAUGUCCAGGAGAUAAUUGUAUGGAAGAGAUACAGUGAUUUUAAGAAACUACACAAAGAACUAUGGCAAAUUCACAAAAACUUAUUCCGACAUUCAGAAUUAUUUCCUCCAUUUGCUAAAGGAAUAGUGUUUGGGCGAUUUGAUGAAACUGUUAUUGAAGAGAGAAGACAGUGUGCUGAAGACCUGCUACAGUUCUCUGCCAAUAUUCCUGCUCUUUACAAUAGUAAACAGCUUGAAGAUUUCUUCAAGGGUGGAAUAAUUAAUGAUAGUUCUGAAUUAAUUGGUCCUGCUGAAGCUCACUCAGAUUCCCUCACUGAUACCUUUCCUGAGUGUAGUACAGAAGGCUUCUCCAGUGACAGUGAUCUGAUAUCUCUUACUGUUGAUGUGGAUUCUCUUGCUGAGUUAGAUGAUGGAAUGGCUUCCAAUCAAGAUUCUCCCAUUAGAACUUUUGGUCUCAGUCUUUCUUUGGAUUCUUCAGCACUAGGAGCUGUUGCUUCUGAGAGUGAACAGAACAAAACAGAAGAACGGGAAAGUCGUAGCCUCUUUCCUGGCAGUUUAAAACCCAAGCUUGGCAAGAGAGAUUAUUUGGAGAAAGCAGGAGAAUUAAUAAAGCUGGCUUUAAAAAAGGAAGAAGAAGACGACUAUGAAGCUGCUUCUGAUUUUUAUAGGAAGGGAGUUGAUUUACUCCUAGAAGGUGUUCAAGGAGAGUCAAGCCCUACUCGUCGAGAAGCUGUGAAGAGAAGAACAGCUGAGUAUCUCAUGCGGGCAGAAAGUAUCUCUGGUCUUUAUGGGAAACCUCAGCUUGAUGAUGUAUCUCAGCCUCCAGGAUCACUAAGUUCAAGGCCCCCUUGGAACCUAAGAAGCCCUGCCGAGGAGCUGAAGGCCUUCAGAGUCCUUGGGGUGAUUGACAAGGUUUUACUUGUAAUGGACACAAGGACAGAACAGACCUUCAUUUUAAAAGGUCUAAGGAAAAGCAGUGAAUACAGCAGGAACAGAAAGACCAUCAUCCCCCGCUGUGUGCCCAACAUGGUGUGUCUGCAUAAGUACAUCAUCUCUGAGGAGUCGGUAUUUCUUGUGCUGCAGUAUGCGGAAGGUGGCAAACUGUGGUCAUAUGUCAGUAAAUUUCUAAACAGAAGUCCUGAAGAAAGCAUUGACAUCAAGGAAGUGAAAAAAUCUACACUUGCAAAAGUUCACCUGCAACAGCCAGCUUCUAGUCCUCAGGACAGCAGUAGCUUUGAAUCCAGAGGAAGUGAUGGUGGAAGCAUGCUUAAAGCUCUGCCUUUGAAGAGUAGUCUUACUCCAAGUUCUCAAGAGGACAGCAACCAGGAAGAUGAUGGCCAAGAUAGCUCUCCAAAAUGGCCAGAUUCUGGUUCAAGUUCAGAAGAAGAAUGUACUACUAGUUAUUUAACAUUAUGCAAUGAAUAUGGGCAAGAAAAGAUUGAACCAGGGUCUUUGAAUGAGGAGCCCUUCAUGAACACUGAAGGGAAUGGUGUUGAUACUAAAGCUGUUAAAAGCUUCCCAACAUACCUUGCUGCUGACAGUGACAGACCCAGCACACAGCUGAGAGCUCACGAGCUGAAGCUCUUCCCCAACGAUGACCCAGAAGCAGUUAGUUCUCCAAGAACAUCAGAUUCCCUCAGUAGAUCAAAAAGUAGCCCCAUGGAAUUCUUUAGGAUAGACAGUAAGGAUAGUGCAAGUGAACUCCUGGGACUUGACUUUGGAGAAAAAUUGUAUAGUCUAAAAUCAGAACCUUUGAAACCAUUCUUUACUAUUCCAGAUGGAGACAGUGCAUCUAGGAGUUUUAAUACUAGUGAAAGCAAAGUAGAGUUUAAAGCUCAGGACACCAUUAGCAGGGGCUCAGAUGACUCAGUGCCAGUUAUUUCAUUUAAAGAUGCUGCUUUUGAUGAUGUCAGUGGUACUGAUGAAGGAAGACCUGAUCUUCUUGUAAAUUUACCUGGUGAAUUGGAGCCAACAAGAGAAGCUGCAGCAAUGGGACCUGCUAAGUUUACACAAACUAAUACAGGGAUAAUAGAAAGUAAACUCUUAGAAACCCCUGAUGUUGUAUGCCUCAGGCUUAGUACUGAACAAUGCCAAACACAUGAGGAGAAAGGCACAGAGGAACUGAGUGAUCUCUCUGGUCCCAAAUCCCAUAGUGUAACAGAGAAACACUGUGCACAGGAGGAUCCCAGGAUGUUAUUUGUAGCAGCCGUUGAUCAUAGCAGUUCGGGAGAUAUGUCUUUGUUACCCAGCUCAGAUCCUAAGUUUCAAGGACUUGGAGUGGCUGAGUCAGCAGUAACUGCAAACAACACAGAAGAAAGCUUAUUCCAUAUUUGCAGUCCACUCUCAGGUGCUAAUGAAUAUAUUGCAAGCACAGACACUUUAAAAACAGAAGAAGUACUGCUGUUUACAGAUCAAACUGAUGAUUUGGCUAAAGAGGAACCAACUUCUUUAUUCCAGAGAGACUCUGAGACUAAGGAAGAAAGUGGUUUAGCGCUAGAAGGAGACAAGGAAAUACAUCAGAUUUUUGAGGACCUUGAUAAAAAAUUAGCACUAACGUCCAGGUUUUACAUCCCAGAGGGCUGCAUUCAAAGAUGGGCAGCUGAAAUGGUGGUAGCCCUUGAUGCUUUACAUAGAGAGGGAAUUGUGUGCCGCGAUUUGAACCCAAACAACAUCUUAUUGAAUGAUAGAGGACACAUUCAGCUAACGUAUUUUAGCAGGUGGAGUGAGGUUGAAGAUUCCUGUGACAGCGAUGCCAUAGAGAGAAUGUACUGUGCCCCAGAUACGGGGCCUUGCUGUGUUGCUCAGACUGAUCCUGAAUUCCUGGCCUCAAGCAAUCCUCCCACCCCAGCCCCUGGAAUAGCUGAGAUUACAGGCGCGAGCCACAGUGCCUGGCAAAAUGGAGAUUUUAAAAAAUGCAAUAUGAUUUUAGUGAUGUGCCAGCCUAGCAUUUUAGAACAAAUGUUUUUAGAUACAGCAGUUUUAUCUUACCCUUCCUGAAUUGUUUUUGUUUUUUAAAAAUUAGAGAUUUCUUUUGCGAGUUUUAGAUUUUUUACAGGUAGCAUAAACAUGUGAAUUGCGUUUGAGCUAGUUUUUCUCACUCAUCAGUGCAGAUGGGGCUGUUAGGUUUGUUCACCUUUUGCUUACCAUUUAGCCUCUUUGGAUGGCUAGAGUUACUUCACCUGCCACCCCACUGGCCUUCAAAGGAGUAUGAAGCUGAUGUUGUUGACAUAAUCUGCUUAGUUGUUGAUCAAUGUAGUAUUUAAUACUUACCAGCUUAACCAGUGUGUUGACGCUAACCUUGUUUCUCUGCAUAAUGUGAAGUGCUGAUCAUAAGGAUUAAAAGAGCUGUAUUGUUUCUAGUUACAACCUUCAUUGUUAAGAAUUAUUUUCAUAGUAGAGAAUAGAAAUUUUCCAACCUAUAAAAUAAAUAUCCUAAAACAUUCUUGAAAGCAGCCAUUAGGGUCUUCUUUCCUUUCCUCCUUCUUCCUUCAAAUUAAGACUGUUUUUUGUUUCUUCUUAGAGACAAUAGAGCACACCUGCAUUUUUUCUGUCAAGUAGAUUAUGUGAUGCUAUGUUUUGAAAUCAUAUUAGUUGAUAGGAUAAAAAAUUUCAUGUUGAAUUCACUUUAUUAUAGUUACUUGAUUAAAAAAACAAAUCCUCCCCACUUUCUAAUUUGAUAAGAAAUAACAUUUUAGGUUCCAGGGUACUUAGAAAUAUAUUUGUUAAUUCUGAUGAAUUUGACAGUUUUAGAAUCAAAUUUAAUUUGGGAGUUUUUUUUUUGAGUCAAGCUUGUUACAUCCUCAAGUGAAGUACAGUAGGAACCAUGUAACAAAACCAAACAUUUAUGGAAUAUUGUUUAAUAUUUGUCACUAGCUCCUUAUUUCUUACUUUUGUUGUUACUUUCUCUUUUGUCCUGGUUCCUAAUAAGUAUACAUAUUGUUACUUACUGGAAACUCUGUAGGUCUGUACUUUGGCAUUCUAGCAGAUUAUUUUUCUUUAUUUUCAAGCAGUCACAUUUACUUUAAUAUCCAUAACAUGUUGGUAUUCUGAGAGUUUUAAUAUAUGUGGAACAGAACCAUAUUACAUUCAUCAACAGAUAUAUACUUUCAGUGUCAUAUACUGAAAUACUGAAUUUAAUACAGAUCAGUUUCCAAGUUCUAAUUUUUAAGCCUUGUCCCAGAAAUUACACUUCUCUUAGUUUACCAGCAGGUGGCAGUCUACCAUUAAUGGAUUUUUGCUGUCCUCUUCCAGGUUGUCCUUCACUAGCAUUUGAGAAAAGCUGUAGUCUGAAGAGGGGCUUUGUUGUCAUUAUUUACAUAAAAGAAUUGUACUUUCAAGCUUUGUGAGUUUCGAAAGUGUUCUAGUGUUAUGGCAUGCUUUCAACAAUGUGGAAAGGCUUUCCAUUUCUUUGGCCUGUUAAUUUUACCAACCAGGUAAAACAAAACCAGUAAUGGCCCCAACAAAAAAGUAAUACCAAUGUUCAAAUUAAGAUGACCUUAAAUCUAGAGAGUUAUAGAACUUGGUUAGGUCUACGUGCUCUCACCCCUCAUUUAUAAUUAAGGGGAAUUGGAGCAAAAAUUUGUGAAUUACUGUUUGCCUCAAAAGUUUAUAGCAGUGCUACAGAUAAAUCAAAACUACAAAUAGGUUUUCCUCUCCUCAAAGGGUGGAAGCAAUGAUAAUAUGUUAAUAUUUCAAUGCUUAAAAAUAGAAAUCAGUAACUGCAUGGGACAUAGAGUGUUUAGCCACCUUCGGAUCUAUCCCUAGGAACACUAAGGAUUGAAGUAAUUCCUUCUCACAUGAUCCCCUCCCUCUUACUUCCCAAGUCUAAGCAGCUGAUGUUUGGUUAGAAAGUAAAGUUGUCACAAGAUUAUGAUGAGAGCGACUCACUUCUGUUUAAACAGUAUGCACCGUCUACCCCUGCCACUUCACCUCCUGGGAACCCUUAUCACAUAUUUGUCCUGAAAACAUUAUCCACCUGCCCUGUACUUUAUAAUAGCAGCAGUGUAUCCUUUUAUCUUGUGGAUGAUGUGCCUUUAUAUUUUGAGAAAAAUUUCCAGUAACAGAUUUGAUUUGCAUGGACAGAAACUUGAGCAAAUGCCAAACUAGCAGGGGGGCCGUUAUUCUGCUCUAUAAAUAAGUUUUAAAAAGAAAAAACACACACAGAAACCUGUGAAUCAACAUGUUUUGGUUUAAUUGAGGGGAAAAGCAAGACAGAUAAAUUUUGAAAUGCAAAUGAUCACCUUCUGUUAUUUAAGUAUAGUCUCUGCCAGCUUUGUGAUCUUAGAUUUUAAAAAGUCAUAAUUAUUUCAACAACGUAAACUCCCAAGGAUGUCCAAGAUUCGCAAGUUUCUAUAACGAAAUGGAGAACUUUUUAAAAAGUUGCCAAUUUUUUUAUGUUAAAGAAAACAAAUCCAACAACAAAAAGACAAAAACCAUGGAGCUUUCUCUGUCUACAUCUGUGAAAAAGCCAGCGCAUAAAUGGCUGCAGCUGCAGACCCAUCAAGAGGGUCUUGAGAAUACGAAUUCACUGAUCAAACCCAGCCCUGUUUUCAGAGUAGAAGCCAUUCCUUUUAGGUUCACUUUGUAUCCUUAGAUUAUCUAGGAUGAUUCUCUAGAAAGGUUUUAUUUUAAAUAAACAUCAUUCGUGGUAAAUGGGUUUCUUUCAUACCAUAGAAACAUAGAAUGGGGUUCAGGAAGAGAAAAAGCAAAAGAAAUAGUCCACGCAGUAGGAACAGUUGUGUAGCAUGACAAUAUAAAUAUAACGUGUCUACUUUCCACAUUAGGAGACUUUUAGAUACUUUAUCAGGAUACUUUUGCGCAGGUUCUUCUAUUUUUUUUGUUGUGAGAGAUUAGAGAAUAAAAACUGGAGUAAAUUGGUUAAUCUCCAGAUGACUUUCUUGUGGUUACUCUGAUUUUAUAUCGUUUUACACAUAUACACAAAAGUUUAG